AAUUUCAAAUUCAAAACCUUCUCUUGUUCCCAACAGAUUUAGGGUUCAUGGCUUUAGCUCCCAACUUCAUUCCUCGGCUACUCCUACUCUCACUUCUCAUCGUAUCAAUUCCUCUAACGUCAUCUCAAUCCGACGCCAACACUACUAAUCCGCCACCGUCAGAUUCGGAUCUAUGCAACGGCGUAUUCGUAUCAUACACUCACACAAAAGGAUCUAAGAUCCCACCUAACGACACCGCAAAUCAACCCUACCGGUUCGAAUCUGUGAUAACAGUGCUCAACCACGGUCGCGACGAGCUCAAAUCAUGGCGUGUCUUCGUCAAAUUCGCUCACCGAGAGAUCCUUGUGUCUGCUUCAAACGCUGUACUCUCAGACGGCUCGAGCUUACCUGUGAGCGUCGAAAACGGCACCGUAUUCGCUGGUUAUCCUUCGUCGGAUUUGAAAUCGGCUAUUCAGACUGCGGGUGAUGUUACUCAGAUGCAAGCUCGUGUUGAGCUCGUUGGGACUCAGUUCGGAGUUGCGCCGCCGAAUGUGCCGCUUCCUAAGAACAUUACUCUCGCUAUUGAUGGAUGGAAAUGUCCCAAAGCUACUCAAAAAGGUAAAAAUGUUCUGCAAGUAUGUUGCACGCCUGACCCAGACUAUGAUAACACAGAGAUCAUUGAUAAUGAGUUCCUUCCUCGACAAGAUGGAGACCUUACUAUCAUGUACGAUGUGGUCAGAUCAUAUUCAUCGAAUUAUAUGGCACAAGUCACAAUGGAGAACCAUAACCCGCUUGGUCGACUGGAUAACUGGAAACUGAGUUUUGACUGGAUGCGGGACGAGUUUAUCUACACCAUGAAAGGAGCUUACCCGAGUAUUGUUGAUUCAUCAGAUUGUGUUGAUGGCCCACAGGCGAAGUACUUUCAAGAUCUUGACUUUUCGAAUGUUUUAAGCUGUGCAAGGCGGCCAACCAUCAUAGAUCUCCCUCCUACGAAAUACAAUGAUUCGACGUUCGGUCUUAUCCCAUUUUGCUGCAGAAAUGGGACGAUACUACCACGGUCAAUGGAUCCUAGCAAGUCGAGCUCAGUUUUCCAGAUGCAGGUGUACAAAAUGCCUCCGGAUCUCAAUAUCUCUGCUCUAUCACCGCCUCAGAACUGGAGAAUCAACGGUACACUGAACCCGGAUUACAAGUGUGGCCCUCCUGUUCGGGUGAGCCCGAGCCAAUUCGCCGAUCCCAGUGGGUUACCCUCAAACCGGACUGCUUUUGCGAGCUGGCAGGUGGUCUGCAACAUCACCCAACCAAAAGAUGCGAGUCCUAGAUGCUGUGUAUCGUUCUCUGCCUACUUCAACGACUCAAUCGUCCCGUGCAAGACUUGCGCUUGCGGUUGUUCCAGCAAUAAAGCAGCUCGCGCUUGCAGCACUACAGCCCCGUCUCUUCUUCUACCCCAGCAAGCUCUUCUGGUUCCAUUUGAGAACCGAACUGAACUCACUGGCGCUUGGGCUUAUCUAAAACAUCGGCCCGUGCCAAACCCGAUGCCUUGUGGGGAUAACUGCGGGGUUAGCAUCAAUUGGCAUUUGGCUACAGAUUAUCGAGGCGGAUGGACAGCCCGGGUCACAGUCUUCAACUGGGGCGAAACAGAUUUUGUAGAUUGGUUUACCGCAAUUCAGAUGAAAAACGCUGCCCCGGGUUUCGAGAAAGCCUACUCAUUCAAUGCAUCUACACUUGGUAUCAACGGGGAGAACAACACUAUUUUCAUGGAGGGCCUUCCCGGAUUGAAUUAUCUCGUGGCGGAAAGAGACGGGGAGAAUCCGUUGAAGAAUCCUCGGAUUCCCGGGAAACAACAGUCUGUUAUUUCCUUCACCAAGAAACUGACUCCUGGGAUUAAUGUCCCUGGUGGAGAUGGCUUCCCGAGCAAAGUGUUCUUCAACGGUGAGGAGUGCUCUCUCCCAACCAUACUACCAGUGAGAAGCAGUCAACACCGGAGACACAUCUCUGUUUUCCUCCUGGCAUUACCUGUUUUGGCUCUCUUGAUUCUACGGGCGUAACUACACUGAAACCUCCUGUUGGGUUGGCGAUACAGUUUCUUGAUUCUUCCCGGUUUACUCGAAAACGGUCAAUUCCGCGGUUUAUGGAUGGAGAAUCAAUCGAUUCUUUUUCA